GUCCGAAUUCUAGUUGAGAAAGAAGAAUUUGUUAUUAUAUCGCGACUUCACGAUAAUAUCGUUUGGAUCUUCAUUGGUAUAAUGGCUGCAGAUAGAAGUAAAGCGGCGAUGGCGGCUGCAGCUGCUCGAAGAAUAAAAUCGAGAGGUCAUCCACCACCUGGAGAUUUCAUUGCUCUCGGUGCAAAAUCUAGACCAAUUGUACCAGAAUUACCUGAAAUCAAACCAGUAUCUUCACAAAAAUUAUCGGGAGAACGAAAAAGAGAUGUUCCUUCUUCGUUUACACCGCCAGUAAAGAAAGCCAAAUUUGGUUCGCAAACGUUUACGCCAUUGGGUAGAACUAGUAGUGGUGCUGGAGGCAGCAGAGAAGUACUGGAAACUGAUACUGGUACAAAUCCUGAUGCUAUUGCUAUAUCUGUGCCAUCUGUGGAGUUGAUUGAUUUAGUUUUAGAAUCUGAAGGUGUUGGAGACGAUGAGAGAAUUGAUGGCUUAUUAUGUGGGUGUAUUAAAAGUCUUAGAACUAAUCGAGCCAAGCCUGACAUCACUGCCUAUCUCAGUCUCAUGUAUCUUGCCAAAGCCAAACCAGUGUUUUUUAGCAGUGAAGUUGUGAUAGAUGCAUUAUGCAGUUUAUUGAAGAGAGAUAUCGCCAUGAGUUUUAAAAGUAAAGGCAAUUCUUUGGUUUCUGUGAUGGCGUGUAAUGUGUCACUAGCAGCGUUUGUUGAAGAAGACAAUUGGCCGGAGCAAUUUAUAAAGGUGUACAUUGAAGACUCCCUAGGUGAGCGAGUUUGGGUUGACCAUCCUAAAUGUGGUGACUUUGUGGAAAACCUACAGACUGCAUUUGCCACUAAGUUACCAAGGAAGGGUGACUCCAUGUAUGGGAAGGAAGGUCUACGUUAUAGCAGUACAACAGACUUGACAGCAGGUGCCAGUCCUGCUCAGAGUGGAGAUGAAGAAAGUGAAGUUACAUCGGAAUCUGGAGACACUCUCAUUGAUAAAGAUCCCGACCUUGAGAUAGAAAUAUCCCCAAGAUAUACCAUAAUACAAGAAAGUUUGGCAAGUGAUGUUGUUGAUAUAUUAAAGGAACAUUUAACAAGACGUCAAUCGAUUGAUACAGGGUCAAGAAAUAUGUUAAAAUUACUGACCACCACUUGCGGUAUUCCUGAAAUCAGACAGAUGGCUGCGAUGAGGCUAGAAAUGUGGCUACAAAACCCAAAGUUAACCAAACCUGCUCAAGAUCUCCUCAUGGCUGUAUGCUUGAAUUGUAAUACACACGAACAUGAUGAUGCCGAAGUCAUCGGACAUUUAAUAAGAAUCCGAUUGAAAGCAAAAAUAGCCAUGAUCAAUUUGUGAUUUCAUUUCAGGGAAUUACUCACGCAGCAUACAGAGAAUCUUUUUACCAUCUUGAAGCAUACUAUAUACAAUGAACUAUCAAAUUCCAGAAAUCCAAAUAAUAUGUCUUUAUUAGGAGUUUUAUUCCAACAUUCACCAGACAAUGCCGCAAAGUAUUUAGCCAUGGUGUUUCAGGAAUUACUGGUCAACAGAGAAGACUAUAUUCGAGCGGUUAGAGCGUUACUUCGUGAGAUUGUACGGCAGUUACGAUAUGAUUUAAAUUUUACGUCAUUCUGUAUGGGAUUGAUGACAGAGAGAACUGAACAACAAUUUGCUGAAAUGGAUUCACAGCUUAGGGACAGACUAUUCCUUUCUUUAGCCGAUCUCAUUGCAUUGACUGAGUUACUGAGUAUCACACCACAAGUAAAAGACGUAGUAACUGCUUGUGCUAGAGGAGACAGGAAAGAUAUUGAAGUUUUACAUGCGUUUCAGAAUCAAAUAGCAAUCAUACAGCGAGACUCUGUCUGGUGGUUGCAUACCAAUGUUCCUGCUAUGUUUAAACCAAACCAAACAGACUAUGUACACUGUUUACAGAAAGUGUUGUUCCUGGAACAAAAUGAAACUUAUUAUAACAAAGAUAACUGGCCACCUGAAUCAGAAAGAAGUUUGUUAUUGAGAUUAACUGCUGAGGUACCGGUACAAGAAGAUACAUUAAUGAGGGUGUUGGUGAUUGGUUUGUCAAAGAAUCUACCUCUCACUCCAGCUGAAGCAUUAGAUAUGGCAGACAAACUUGUAAAAAGAGCAGCAGUAUUGUAUACUCCAGAUUUUUCAGUCUUGAAAGUGGAGAGAUGUCAAUUAAUGGACGCUGUGUUGAAUCUUUGUGGAUAUCAUCAUCCGGAAAAUAUAACAUUGCCUGCUGGAUAUCAGGCACCUCAACUAGCAAUAUCAAAUUUAUAUUGGAAAGGCUGGUUACUUUUAUUAUUGGUGUCAGCUUUCAAUCCUAAAAAUAUAGGUCACAAAUCGUGGGAAGAGUAUCCAAUGUUGAAAUGUUUUAUGGAAAUGUGUAUGACUAAUAAUUUUAAUUUCCCGCCUUCCACUAUGGCACCAGAUGAGAGAACAACUGAGGAACUCAAGGCCAGAGAAUUACAGCUGGCUCAGAUUGAAAAACAAGAUAUAUUAGAAUUUGAAAGUCACCUUGCUGCAGCAUCUACUCGAAUGCUUAUAGAUGAAAGUUCCAGUCUAUUGCUUGCUCAGCUCACAAGUAUGGACCCACAUGGCGUUGCUAGGAAACCACCUCCUCACAUUCUAGAACAGUUGCGAAGUCUUAACAACACUAUUAAGAUGGGUACAUUAUUAUGUAGAAGUCGAUCACCUGACUUUCUCUUGGAUAUUAUUCAGCGGCAGGGUACAUCUCAGUCUAUGCCGUGGUUAGCAGAGUUAGUAGAAUCCAGCGAGGGUUCACUAGACGUACUACCAGUACAAUGUCUUUGUGAGUUCUUACUUCAUGAUGCACCAACAGAAAUGGAAAUAAAUAUGGAUGACUCAGAUGAAGAAAGUAAAAUUGAACAACAUAAAAAGAAACAGAAACUGAGAAAGCAAGAACAGUUGUUAGCAAGAUUGAAGUCUUUGCUGCAUGGAGAAGAAGCCCACACUACAGCUGAAAUAUUAGAUUACUUUCUGAGAAGAUUGAGUUCACAACAACAAUCAGCCAGAACUUUAGCUGCUAAGUCAGAUACUCAAGACCAAGUGUUCAUACAGUGGACUACUGGUGAAGCGGCCACCAUGCAUAUAUUAGUGGUACAUGCCAUGGUAAUAUUGUUAACAUACGGCCGACCACAAGGUAAUCGUGACAGUAACUUUGACUAUUUGUUGAAUGCAUGGUUUCCUAGCAACCAACCAUCACCAUCAGCUUUUCUAGUAGAUACGUCUGAGGAAGCUUUACUCCUUCCUGAUUGGUUAAAACUGAAGAUGAUUAGAUCACAUGUUUCAAGACUGGUUGAUGCUGCUCUGGAAGAUUUGGAACCUGCUCAGUUGGUUUUAUUUGUGCAGUCCUUUGGUAUACCAGUAAACAGCAUGAGUAAAUUAUUGGAUCAUUUAGACACUGCAUGUGGUCAAGAUUCGUACAGUAUGGAGCACGUCGUCGCCGACAAAGGAUACAUGGCCCAGCUGGUAGAAGUACAGCAAAUGAGGGGUUCCAGCGGUGGAAAUAAAUUUCAUCAGAUGUUGAAUAAAUCACUGGAGAAAGAUAAAAAAGAUAAAAACAAAGAUGUUGAAAUGAGUGAAGUUGAUGUUAAAGAGAAAAUUGUGACUAAAAAAGAAUACAUAGGUCUUCCGAGAGAUGACAGCGAUGCAUGGCAGUUGUUAAUUUUAAAGUUAUUUAAUAUUGAUCAAUAUCACAUGACUUCUCAAGAUGAAAAACAAGUAUUAAGAACAAUACUCCAGGCAUUGUCCAAGGAGAUUUGUCAAGUCAGUAAAACCAUUCCUAGUAUUGGUGAUGAAGUCCUGCAGUCCAUGUUAACCAUUUUACAGUCCUCAUAUGCAAAUGAGUUUACCAAUCGUCUACUUAACAAACGUCACCUAUCGUGUCCAAUCUUUAACCUACUACAUAGAAUACAGAAAUCUGCUGAUCAUGAAAACGAAGCAGAUGACAGAUUUGACAGAUUGAUAUCUGUAGUAAUCAGCGUCUCAAAGUCUAAGGACAACAUGUUUGCACGAUAUUUGAAGCCAAGUAAAUCAACAAGCAAAGAUGUAAACAAAUCAAUUAUAGAAAUCUGUGAAUCUGAUAAACUAGAAAAGCAAACUCUGAAAGACUUACUUGAUGAUUUGAAGACACAGGGAAUUGUUUUAAGCAGUCUGAAUAUGGAGAAAGUGUACAGUCGCCUGGCAAUGUGCAGUUCUUCUGAACUUGAAGAAUUCCUAAAUGCAGCCUUGUCAGCUCCAGGAAAGUCUACAUCACAUCCAACCAAUGAACUGAUGAGUAAAUUGCUUUUAGAACAACAAACUAACAAACAGGAUGACAUCAGCGAUAGAUCUGGUAUCUCUACUGCUGGUCUCUUAGUUGAUUGGUUAGAAUUGCUGGAUCCUGAGAUUAUCCAGUCAUGUCCAGAUCUACAACAACAAUUGUUAUUUACUGAGAAAACACAGACUGGUCAAAAUGGUUUGUGUUGUGCGUAUUUAUUAGCGCUACUGACCCACCAAACUAAUUGGAAGACAUUACGUAGAUGUAUCAACUGGUUGUUAAAACCAAGACAAAAUAUAAACAGUAUUAAUGCAAGUAUUGCUUUAGAUUUCUUAUGGGCCUGUGUACAUAUACCUAAGAUAUGGCAAGGAAGAGAGACCAAUGUACCUAAGAAACACUCUCAGGAAGAUGUUCUGUGUUUAACCAAAGAGCAAAUCUGUUGUAUGAUAGAUUUUGUCUUGACUGAGAGCAGAUCAAAGGAUAAUGCUUCAGUCAUACAACUCAGAUUAGCAUUAGUGAUCAACUGUUGCCAUGGUAAUAAAGCACUUAUUACCAGUGUUGUUGAGCAUCUGUUAGCAAAUGUAACAAGUAAUAGCUGUGAUUCCAAUACAUCAUUACUUCUACUAUUAGAGAUAUAUCUACAAGUACCAGAAUUAUUACAUAAUAUUAUAGACACUAAUUUAUUAGUCCGUAAUUGUCCUACAGUUAGCAACAGUGUUAGCAAGUUUGAUGUGAUAACUCAUGGAUUAUUGUCAACAUUGGCCGACACUAAAUCUGGUAGAAGUUGUGAAACCAAGAUGAAUGAUGCUAAUAUAGCACUGAGAAAAAUUGCAGUUGCACAUCCUACCUUACUACUGAGACAAAUUUCAAUGCUGUCAGCUACUCUAAGAGGCAGAGUUCAUUUAACAUUCGGAGAAAUGAAAAGUCGACAUCAUCUGUUAUUCUUCAGUCAUGUGCUAGGAAUACUAGAGUUGAUGCAACCAUAUCUGUUCCAGCAGGAUGUGGAUGUGUUACACUCAACAUUGGAGUCAUACUUUGAACUUGUCAGGGAACAUGGAGCACAGAAAUUAUUAGCGGGACUUAUCAAUAAAUUUUUGGAAUUGCUGCACAUGUAUUGUAAUUAUGAUCAAGUACAAGCUGGGAUUCUAUUACAGAAACAUUCAUAUAUACUACAUGACCUGUGUAAUUGUUAUCCGGAUUCUUCCAUUUUAAAGACAUUGAUUGCAAGUACGGCAUUGCCAAGUAGGAAACAAGAAACACAGAUUCCUGCUACAGACGGUGAGAUAUCCCAUAAUAUCAAGGACUACUCAACCAGUGACAACUUUACCUCCUCAACAAUGGGUGCUGAAUGGACACACAAGGAUCUAUUGCCUCUCAUUAGAAAACUAAGUAAAGAACAAAGUGUGGAAGAACCAUAUCUUGGUUGCAUGUGUAUAGGAAGAUUUACUGAUAUAAUGCGCAUAAUGAUUGAAAAAAGUGAUCAAUGUUGUAACAAAGCAUACACACUUGCAAUGAGACAUAUCAGACAUAAACCCAGUUCUGCAACAGAAUUUUUGCCUGCAUUCAUGAAAUGUCUUGACAGUCAUGAUCAUACUAUUGUUAAUACUGCCUUGAGAAAUCUGCCAGAAUUUGCACUCCUAUGCCAAGUGAGUCUGCCCAUCUAUGCCAAUGUGAGUCUAGUGAAUCUGCCCGUCUAUGCCAAUGUGAGUCUAGUGAGUCUGCCCAUCUAUGCCAAUGUGAGUCUAGUGAAUUUGCCCAUCUAUGCCAAGGUGAGUCUAGUGAGUCUGCCCAUCUAUGCCAAGGUGAGUCUAGUGAGUCUGCCCAUCUAUGCCAAGGUGAGUCUAGUGAGUCUGCCCAUCAAUGCCAAUGUGAGUCUAGUGAAUCUGCCCAUCUAUGCCAAUGUGAGUCUAGUGAGUCUGCCCGUCAAUGCCAAUGUAAGUCUAGUGAGUCUGCCCAUCAAUGCCAAUGUGAGUCUAGUGAGUCUGCCCAUCUAUGCCAAUGUAAGUCUAGUGAGUCUGCCCAUCUAUGCCAAUGUGAGUCUAGUGAAUCUGCCCAUCUAUGCCAAUGUGAGUCUAGUGAGUCUGCCCAUCUAUGCCAAUGUAAGUCUAGUGAGUCUGCCCAUCUAUGCCAAUGUGAGUCUAGUGAAUCUGCCUGUCUAUGCCAAGGUGAGUCUAGUGAGUCUGCCCGUCAAUGCCAAUGUGAGUCUAGUGAGUCUGCCCAUCUAUGCCAAUGUGAGUCUAGUGAGUCUGCCCGUCAAUGUGAGUCUAGUGAGUCUGCCCAUCUAUGCCAAUGUGAGUCUAGUGAAUCUGCCCAUCUAUGCCAACGUGAGUCUAGUGAGUCUGCCCAUCUAUGCCAAUGUGAGUCUAGUGAGUCUGCCCGUCAAUGUGAGUCUAGUGAGUCUGCACGUCAAUGCCAAGGUGAGUCUAGUGAGUCUGCCCGUCAAUGCCAAUGUGAGUCUAGUGAGUCUGCCCGUCAAUGCCAAUGUGAGUCUAGUGAGUCUGCACAUCAAUGCCAAUGUGAGUCUAGUGAGUCUGCCCGUCAAUGCCAAUGUGAGUCUAGUGAGUCUGCCCAUCUAUGUCAAUGUGAGUCUAGUGAAUCAUCUAUAUCAAUGUGAGUCUAGUGAGUCUGCCCGUCAAUGCCAAUGUGAGUCUAGUGAGUCUGCCCGUCAAUGCCAAUUGAGUCUGCCCAUCUAUGCCAAUGUGAGUCUAGUGAAUCUGCCCAUCUAUGCCAAUGUGAGUCUAGUGAGUCUGCACAUCUAUGCCAAUGUGAGUCUAGUGAGUCUGCCCAUUAAUGCCAAUGUGAGUCUAGUGAGUCUGCCCGUCAAUGCCAAUGUGAGUCUAGUGAGUCUGCCCGUCAAUGCCAAUGUGAGUCUAGUGAGUCUGCCCGUCAAUGCCAAUGUGAGUCUAGUGAGUCUGCCCGUCAAUGCCAAUGUGAGUCUAGUGAGUCUGCCCGUCAAUGCCAAUGUGAGUCUAGUGAGUCUGCCCAUUAAUGCCAAUGUGAGUCUAGUGUGUCUGCCCGUCAAUGCCAAUGUGAGUCUAGUGAGUCUGCCCAUUAAUGCCAAUGUGAGUCUAGUGAGUCUGCCCGUCAAUGCCAAUGUGAGUCUAGUGAGUCUGCCCAUUAAUGCCAAUGUGAGUCUAGUGAGUCUGCCCGUCAAUGCCAAUGUGAGUUUAGUGAGUCUGCACAUCAAUGCCAAUGUGAGUCUAGUGAGUCUGCCCAUCUAUGCCAAUGUGAGUCUAGUGAGUCUGCCCGUCAAUGCCAAUGUGAGUCUAGUGAGUCUGCCCGUCAAUGCCAAUGUGAGUCUAGUGAGUCUGCACAUCAAUGCCAAUGUGAGUCGAGUCUAG